AUGGAGCAGCCCAUGUCAUCCCAAGAGCAGCAGCUCUGCCAGUUACUGGCCGACCUGCCUGCUCAGAACAACUACCGCUACACCGACCGCACCGCCCGCACGCUCAUCGAAAGUUUGUUCUGGUUUCUGGCCGGCGGCAAGUCCGAGUACAUGCAGCUCCUGUUCCCGAGCGGGAGGAUCCCCGAGAGCGGCAAGCUCAGCGACGCACAGGGCGCUGUCGAGGGCGCCGAGUACACCGAGACCGCCCGCGGCAAGCGAUGCGGCCACAUCUUCAAGGCCGGCGAGGCCUCGUACGCCUGCCGCACCUGCGGCACCGAUGAGACCUGCUGUCUCUGUGCGCGGUGCUUCGACUCGACCGAUCACACCGGACACAUGGUCCGCAUGCACAUCUCCGUGGGCAACAGCGGCUGCUGCGACUGCGGCGACGACGAGGCCUGGCGCACCCCGCUCUUCUGCACCAUCCACUCCGAUGCCGAGGCUGGUGUCGACAAGGGCAAGGGUAAGGCCGCCGCUGCCCUGCCAGAUGACCUCGUCACCGCUCUACGCAUGACCAUUGCCCGCGUCUUCGACUACAUGUGCGACGUCAUAUCCUGCUCCCCCGAGCAGCUCCGCGAGGCCAAGACGGUCGAGUCCGUCCUCAAGGACGAGGAGACGUCUAGGCUCUCGUCCAGGUACCUCCAUUUAUCCAGGGAGCCUUGCGAGGAUUUCUCCCUCGUCCUGUGGAACGACGAGAAGCACACUGUUCAGGAGGUUCAGGAUCAGGUCGCUAGGGCGUGUAAAAAGCGCCAUAAAGAGGCCCUCCAGGACGCCUGGGACACGGACGCCAUCGGCCGCAGCAUCCUCAAGACUAUGACCGACGUCGAGGCCCUCCUCGGUAUGGCCAAGGUCAUGGAAGCUAUCAGAAUCACCGUCACCAUCCGCUCCGCUCGCGACACCUUCCGCGAGCAGAUGUGCGGCACCAUCGUCGAGUGGCUCGGCGACAUAGCUGGCUGUGCCGUCGGCCAGGACAGCCAUAUCCUUCGCCAGAUUGUCUGCGAGGAGCUCAUGCGGCCCUGGCGCCAGGGAAGUCAGGCCACGCACACUGCCGGCCUCAUCGAUGACGAGGACGAGGACGAUCAGGAGCUGGAGUCAAGGCUGAGGCUCAACGGCGUCAACGCCCGAUUCCUCAUGGCCCUGCGGGCUGCUGCCGACACCAGGCCCGUCGAUUUCGAAGUCGAGAUUGGUGAUGACGACAAUGAGGACGACGACGAGGUUGACGAUGACGAGGAUGACGGCAUCAUGAUCGACGACGACGGCUCCCACCUCGGAUCCAGCGUCGCUGGCGAUGAUGAGGAUGGAGACGAGGACGUCAUGAUGGUUGAUUCUCGGGACGAGGCUGGUGAUCUGAGCCUCAAUUGGAGCCAGCCCGACCAGGCCCUCGAGGAGGACGAAGCCACCAUGGCCGGCUACCCGCCUCCCCCACCUCCUCCCGCCCCUGGCCCCGGCGCCCCUGCUACUGCGGCUGCUGGUGCGGUCGAUGAUGCUACCACCCCUGCUGCCGCUGCCGCUACCGCUGCCGCUACCGCUGCCACUGCCGCUGCCGCCGCCACCACUCCCCGAGUGGCCCAGCGGGAGCGUGAUGCUACUCCGUCAGACUCGGACGCCGGCGCAGAGCCCCUGAUAGCCCCGGCCAUCUAUGCCAAGGCCAAUGUCGACAUCCCCAAGACGCCCGGAAAGACGGAGAAGCUGACGCCGAAGCCAGGAAAGCACUGGAUCGAGACGCCGGCCGGCUACACCCGACGGGACUACGAGCACCCUGCCGAGGAUGUCUUUCAGCGCGUACGCCUCGACUGGCUCCUCCUCUUCGACCCUCGGAUGUGGAAGAAGGUCCGGAUCGACCUCAGGUCCCUGUACAUCUCCACCGUGGUCCAGGUCCCCGAGUUCAAGCGCCUGCUCGCUCUGCGCUUCUCUAGCAUGUACACUGUCCUGGCCCAGAUCUAUCUGGUCGGCGAUAGGGAGCCCGAUCAUUCCAUCAUCAACCUCUCGCUGCAGAUGCUAACGACGCCGUCCAUCACGGCCGAGAUUGUCGAGCGGGGCAACUUCAUGAGCAGCCUCUUCGCCAUAGUCUACACCUUCCUCACCACCAGGCAGGUCGGCCACCCCUGGGACGUGUCGCCCGAUGCCGUCCUGGCCUUUGAGAGCGGCUCCGUUACGAACAGACGCAUGCUCCAUUUCUACCAGGACCUCAAGUAUCUCUUCGGGUCCCCCCAUGUCCAGGAGCGCAUCCGCUACGAACCGCGCUACCUGAUGCAGUUUCUGGACCUCGUCAAGCUGCACCAGGGUGUCGGCCCCAACGUGCGUGCCGUCGUCGAGCAUGUCGAGUAUGAGGCCGACGCCUGGAUCACGGCCUCGCUCGUCACGCGGCAGAUCAACAUCCAGGCCCGCAGCCUGUCCGAGGCCUUCCGAGGAUGCCCCCCCGAGGACAUGCCCUACCUGCAGCGUGCUAUCCGUUUCACGGCAAAGACCGUUAUUCUGAACUCGGUCGGGUCCGAGCGCCACCGGUUCAAGCAGGCCGAGAUCAAGGACGUGGUCAAGUUCAAGACGUUGGACGACUUUGAAUUCGACGCCAGCGACACGACGUACAAGGUUGUCAAUUUCGUCGUCCAGAAAGGCCAUGUAUCCUUCCACCAUGCCCUGCACUAUACCUUGUCGUGGUUGGUCGAGUGCGCUCGCUCGCUCCCCGCCUCGACGGUCAAGGGUCUGCUCAGCUUCACCGCACAAGAGCUGCAGGCCAAGCCCAAGCUCAUGGGCAAGCUCAGCCUGCCAAAGCAGGCCAUGUCGUCGGAGGACUACCUGAUGGCAGCGUUCGACUACCCCCUCCGCGUGUGCGCCUGGCUGGCCCAGAUCAAGGCCAAUAUGUGGGUGCGCAACGGCAUCAGUCUGCGCCACCAGGCCGGCACGUACCGCGGCGUCGGUCAGCGCGACGUCUCCCAUCACCGAGACAUCUUCCUCCUCCAGACCGCCAUGGUUGUCUGCGACCCGGCCCGCGUCCUGGCAUCGGUCAUCGACCGGUUCGGCAUGGACCUCUGGGUCAAGGGUCUGUACGAGGUCACCUCGCAGGCGCAGGACGACGCCCAGCACCUCGACGUGGUCGAGGAUAUGCUGCACCUGCUGAUCGUCCUGCUCAGCGACCGCACCAUCCUCACGGUGCCCGACAACGAGCCCGACUCACGCCUCCUUUCCAUGCGCCGCGACCUCAUCCACGUCCUGUGCUUCAAGCCCCUGUCGUUCAACGAGAUCUGCAACAAACUCCCCGAAAAGUACCAGGAGUCCGAGGACUUCCAGGAGGUCCUGGACGAGAUGGCCACCUUCAAGCCCCCCGAGGGCAUCUCCGACGUCGGCACCUUUGAGCUGCGCCAAGAGUUCAUCGAGGAGAUCGACCCCUACAUUGCCCACUACAACAAGAACCAGCGCGAGGAGUCGGAGACUGCCUACCGCAAGAAGAUGGCCAAGAAGACGGGCAAGUCUGUCGAGGAGGUUGUCUACGAACCCAAGCCCCGGCCCAUAACGUCGGGUCUGUUCGAGGACCUGAGCGCCUUCACGCGGACGGGCCCAUUUGCCCAGAUCAUCUACUACUGCCUCAUGUACCCGCUCACGGCGCACCAGCACAUCCCGAGCAUCCCGUCGACCAGGCUGGAGACGUUCCUCCAGGUCAUCCUCCACCUCAUGCUGCUGGCCAUUCACGAGGACCGGACGACGGACGAGGAAGACCAGGAUUCAUUCGUCCACAUCGCCCUCACGCGGCCGGCCCGGGUCAACGCACCCUCCGGCGAGCGCUCGGCGAGGACCAUUGUGGCGCUGCUCAACAUCAUGUCGUCGAGGGAGGAGUUCAAGUCAGCGCACCCCAAGAUCUACCUUGUCCUCAAGCGGCUCAAGCAGAAGCGCCCGGUCCUGUUUGACCAGGCGUUUGCUGGCCUCGGGAUUCCGGUGGACCGGGUCAACACGUCGUCUCCCGCCGUAAACUUGGCCGAGGAGGAGCGUGAGCGGAGGAAGAAGGCGGCGCUGAGCCGCCAGGCCAAGGUCAUGGCGCAGUUCCAGCAGCAGCAGAAGAGCUUCAUGGACAACCAGGCCGAUAUCGACUGGGUCACGGACGCGGGCGAGGACAACGACGACGACGACGAUGCCCGGGAUCAGGCGGAGGAGGAGCGCAAGCACACGUGGAAGUAUCCGACGGGGACGUGUAUCCUGUGCCAGGAGGAGGCCGACGACCGCCGGCUGUACGGCACGUUCACGCUUCUCAACGAGAGCCACAUCCUGCGGCAGACCGACUUCCAGGACCAGGACUUUGUGCGCGAGGCGUCGCAGACCCCCUGCAACCUCGACCGAUCGGCCGAGGAUCUGCGGCCGUUUGGCAUCGCCCACGAGAACAGGCAUAUGGUCGAAAAGGUCAACAAGCAGGGCGAGACCUUCCUGGCUGAGCGCCAGGUCGUCGGAAAGGGCUACCCGGCGUCUACAUCGCGGCCCGGACCGGUGGCCACAGGAUGCGGCCACAUGAUGCAUUACCGCUGCUUCGAGGUGUACUGCGAGGCUACCAACCGGCGGCACACGCACCAGAUUGCCCGGCACCAUCCGGAGGACACGCGGCGCAAUGAGUUUGUCUGCCCCCUGUGCAAGGCUCUGGGCAACGCAUUCCUGCCAAUCGUAUGGAAGGGUGUCGAGGAGUCGUACCCGGGCUGCCUCCUGCCGACGACGGGGCUCGACCAGUUCAUCGAUGAGCAGCUCGAGUCGUCGCACUGGCUGCGUGCCACGGGCAAAGGUACCGUGGUGGGCGAGCAGUCGGCAGCGGCCGACUCCCCGUGGCUGGAAAGCCUGGUGGAUGCUAUAGGUGAGGCGACGGGAGCCGUCACCGCCGCCGCCGCCGUGCCUGACACGUCCGCGGCCGCCACGCCUCAGGCGAACCCCAACGCCGCUGACGGGUCCAUGGCGGCAGAUCUCCGGGCUGCCUACAAGAGGCUACGCAACACGCUGCGGAGCAACGGUCUCAAGACGAGGCACGUGGGCGAUGCGCACAAGGCGGCCGAACUUCCCGACGAGCUCUGCUGCAGCGACACGCUCGUGCAGGUGGUGGGCUUCACGAUAUCGUCGGUGGAGAUCCAGCAGCGAGGCAUCGAGGCGCAGCCGGGGCUCACGCUCCUGGACAGGGUUCCGGAGCAGACGCUGACGCACCUCCGGAUCCUGUCGGAGACGGUGUCGUCGUACAUAUCCAUCGGGGUGGAGGCCGGCGGGGACGCGUGGGGCCGGAUGCUGACCGAGUUCCAGCGGGACAGCGAGCGGCAGCACUGCCAGCUCUUCAUCUGCCGGUACUUUGGGGUGGGGGCGUCACACGCCCGCAGGCCAAUGGACACCUACCCGCCACUGCUGAGCCUGGAUCCCUUCAUCUUCCUGGUGGAAUGCACGUACGGGCUGGUGCCGGCGCACAAGGCGGACGUGGCGCACACGCUCCGGCUGUGCUACCUGGCGGAGCUGGUCAAGGUGGUGUUCCACAUGGCGCGCAACAUGCCGCUGGAGAGCUGGGCGGGUCCGCUGAGGAACCGCAGGACGCAGGACCCGGCGAUGAACAACUUUGCCGAGUUCGCGCUUGAGGUGACGCGGUACGCCAUCGAGUUCGACGUGGCGACGCUGCCGACGCACGACGACGGCUUCGAGCCAUCCAACACGGGUUUCCAGCAGCCCGGCGUCGACACGCUAGAGGGCUGGUACACGUUUGUCAAGAAGUACGCCCUCACCUUCCUCCGCAAGAGCGUGCUCCUCCUCAACGUCAAGUUCGGCGUCGACUUUACGGGACGCCACGUGUCUACCAACCCGGACGCCGACGAGCUGGACCGUCUCACCGAAGCUCUACGCGUGCCCAGCUUUGACGAGAUGUGUGCUGCUCUGACCCCCAGCGCCCAGGCAUGCGGAUGGCCUGCUGCUCCUGCUCCUGCUCCUGCUCCUGCUGCUGCUGCUGCUGCUGCUGCUGCUGCUGCCGUCGACGCCGCCGCUCCUUCCUCCUCCUUUUCUACUUCUUCUUCGUCGUCAUCUUCGUCGACAAUAAGCACUAUCGUGGCAGGCUGGAUCAGGCACCAGAUCCUAUGGCCACGCGAGAGAUCGGGCCUAGAGGCAGACGACAUAGCUGCCGCGCCGGGGGCGGCGGCCACGGCAGACCCGGUCACGGGCUCGGGCGCGGCGAGCAGGUACGCCGUCAGGUACGCGCCCGUCAGCCACCCGGGUAUCUUCGAGCUCGUGGGUCUGCCAAAGACGUACGACACGCUCAUCGAGGAGGCUACGAGAAGGAGGUGCCCUACCACCGGGAAGGAUCUCAUGGAUCCCGUCAUAUGUCUGUUCUGCGGCGUCAUAUGCUGCAGUCAGGGGACCUGCUGCCAGAAGACGACGGCCGGGUCGGGACUCAUGGAGGGAUCGAGGAUUGGGGGGGCACAGCAGCAUAUGCAGAGAUGCCAAGGAAAUAUCGGCGUGUUUCUCAACAUCCGGAAAUGCGCAACGGUCUACCUCUUCCGACUGUCGGGAUCAUUCGCUCCGGCCCCCUACAUUGACAAGUACGGAGAGACGGACCCGCAGCUGCGCCACGGUCGGCAGCUCUUCCUCAAUCAGAAGAGAUACGACUCGAUGAUACGGAAUACGGUGCUCAACCACGGGGUGCCGAGUCUCAUCAGUCGGAGAUUGGAGGCUGAGAUCAAUAACGGUGGAUGGGAUACUCUUUGA